AACAUGCAAACACACCCCAAAAUUGAGAAGCGCGGAAAAAGACCAGAAGCAGAACUGCCGAAGACUCUACCAACCGUCAAUUAACAGCCGUCGCAACAACUCCACUCUCAACUUCCCCACAAAAACAAACCGAAAAUAAAAGGGACUAUAAAUUCAACCAAAGAUUCUUCAAAUUCUGCCAAAAAAGGGACCAAAGCUCCAAUAGCGGUGAAAACAAGCAGAAACCGCCGAUUUUUAGAAAGGGUUUCUGCAAAAGCGUUGAUCGAAGAAAAUUUGGGGGAGGAUGAGUGAUUUCAGUGAAGAUUAUGUUCCCUUGAGGAAUCUCAAAGUGGAAUUGGGAAGAGGCGACGAUUGGGAGGAGGGAGAUGGGUGCUUCGCGCUUUGUUUCUGGAUUUACAUUGAUGAUUGUGUCUCGUUGCCUUUUUCAGUUCUGGUUCAGAAGCACCCUGAUGUCACUCCUGAUCUGCCUUUCUUGUACUUGGACGACAAUAAGAAAAUGAAGCUCUUCCCGUUCCUGUAUAUGUACAAAGAGGCUCCAAACCCUGAUAAACCUAUUCCCUUGACUGAAGUUCCGUGUGUCUCUACUGGGAUCGAGUUCCCUAUGAAGAAAUGGGUUCAUAUUGGAUGUGAGGUUUCGAGGGAUUUCAUGAGGCUUCACGUAGAUGGAGAAAUUGUCGGUGAAAAUCAUUUAACUUGCUCAUUUGACAAGGACUUGUAUGAAGAGGGUUUGAAAAGGAUAUGCUUGGCAUGCCCCGACGAAAAUGAAGAUAUAUUACAUGGUUAUGUUCAUGGGCUUGAUGUCCUGUUCCGAGAAACGUCUAUCAAAAGCCACUAUGUCCAGGAUCCUCCGUUACAACUGGCAAUUGACAAUUCAACUGCAUUGGAGAUUGAAGAAGACAGUGACGGUGUGUGGAGCAUUGUUGGGGGCAAGGCAUCCUGCCGCAGGAUAUUUUCUCUGGACGUUGUGUUAUUGGACGCGUUUGGUGGUCCUGUGAACAAAGAAUUUGAGGUUGUUGCUUCACUUCUCUAUGCCGACAAUGGCGUCCCUGUUGAAAACACUAAUGAUGCAGAACCUCCCGUUUUUGUGAACUGUGACGGUAUCGAAUAUGCUUCUCAUGAUAGACCAUGCAAACUCAUCAACGGGCGUGCUUCUUUUAAGCUCAAGAUAUCGCAGCUUUCUUCAAAGUGUGACAACAGGCUGUUCCAGAUAAUGUUUGACGUUCCAAGAUUGGGAAAACACCCUUUUCUUGAGACGCUAUCUCUUCCUUUCCGUUGUGUCUCACGCAGUAAGGGUACAAAAACAGCUUCGGUUACAUUGAGAAAGUCGUCCAGCAGAAGUUACUAUGGGAAUGUGUGCGAAUCGUCUAGUCCUGAUGAUGGAUCGAUGCAACUUAUCACCAAUACUGUUCGUGAAGCCAAACCAAGUCCUUCAUCAAAGCGGAUCAAAUUAGGACAAGAUGUGCCGUUCGUGAUGUUCAAAGAAGAAGCUAGGCAAGCCAACAAAGCUCACCACUCUCGUGCUUGGACUGCUAAUCAGGAUAAUACACAUGAAACGAGUGUGAAGAGGAAAACCAAAGACCGUUGUGGAACAGAGAACAACUCAUGUCCUUCCGAUAAUAGUGAAGCAACAAAUUCUGACCCAAGAAGCAUGCUCAGUGUUUCGAGUCCGAUUUCAGAUUUGAUCAUUUUCAAAUACUGCCUCGGAGGUCCAGCAGAGAAAUACCAUCUUCUCAAGGAAGUUGCUAUUUCUGCUACGGAAGAGCAACUAGCCGAUUUUGCGAAGCAUGUUUCCCUUUUUUCCGGAUGUUCGCAUCACAGGCGUCAAAUAAAAAUGACGAAGAGAUUGGUGGAGGAGGGAAUUCAAGCUUGGACUUCAGUAUCCGCGAACAACAACCACGUUCUAUGGGAGAAUCUCGUUUUCAGCAUUAACGAACAAUUCAUGAAGAUUGCUUGCUCUACUCGUCCUUUAAUGGAUCAGGACCUCGAGUGUUUGAGGAGAAUAGCUGGCUGCCGGGAUGUCGUUAUGCAAGAAGAUUUUGAGAGAAUGUGGUCAUGGCUAUUCCCAGUAGCAUUUACCUUGUCGCAAAGCGCUGUUAACGCAAUGUGGGAUUCAAUGUCACCUCUAUGGAUCGAAGGGUUCAUCACCAAAGAAGAAGCGGAAUCUGCACUUCAAGGCCCGGGAGGCCUUCAAGAUCCCGGAACAUUUCUACUGCGAUUCCCAACAUCAAGGAGCUGGCCUCACCCUGAUGCUGGCAACCUCGUCGUGACUUAUGUUGAAAGCGACUACACCAUUCGCCACCGGCUUCUAUCUUUCGAUUUCAUUCACAGUUUUCCGUCCAAGGAAGCAACGCUACACGACCUGCUGCUCCAAGAACCUAAGCUCUCGCAAUUGGGAAGAGUGAUGAGAACCGAGUAGAGGCGUCGCGAUGGCGAAGGCAGUGAAAUUCUGAUUUUGCCCCUCGUUCGUUGUUACUAUGUGUGUAUAGACUGCAAAAUUUGUGCACAGCAUCUCAUCAGUUGUAGGGCUUAGUCAUUUAAUUUACAACUUAGGUAGAAGAAACUAAUGUCAUUUUAUGACUAAUAUGGGGCUUCAUUUACCUUAUUUUGCUUUCAUCUAAUGAAUGAAAUAUUUAUGAAUUUAGUUUGAUAACA